UAUAAAUCAUUUUACUAUCUUUCCAUUGUGAAAUUUUUUAAUUAUUUCAAUUUUUAACUCAAAGCGUUCGAACAACUUUAAAUACGAAGGAGAAACGCGCGCUUUUCAUAUUUUAUGUUGGUACGAGCCUAACAUGUAAUAGAUUCGAUCAGAAGAGUUAGGUAGGUUAGGUCUUGACAAUAACUAACUCAUUCCUUACCAGGAAAACUAUUUUAUUUGCUGCCAUCUAGCGAAGAAAUUUUAAUAUGAAUAUACGCACGGACACAAUUAAAUUUUGUAGGUAUGUGCAAAUUACGCUAACACCACUUUAGUCGGCUUUGUAACAAUUGCCCUUAGUAUUGUAGUUUUGCUACGAGCCUGUAAUAAAACAAAUUUGUAUGAAAUAUAUAAUUUGAAUGUAAAUAUACAUGUAAUAAAUAGUGAAAAUAUUUAUUUACAUUGUACAAAUUACAUUUACAAAAAGUUAUUUGUAAUGUUCUUAUUUAUAAAAUUAAUGAUAAAGUAGUCUUAAUGGAAUUUUAUCAUAAUUUUGAUCUUACGAUAUAUAUGCAAUAUAUUUGAUGCUACAAUAUAUAUUAGCAUAUUUUUAUUGUUGUAUUUCUUGAAAUGAUUUUAUACUGUCGCAUACGUAAAUUUAAUGUGAAAUGAACUAUUGACGAAUCUUGGAAUCUUGAUAUAUUACAAGUAUGUUUUCCAUGGAUCAAUCUAAACCUUCAAACAAUCUUCCAAUCCAGGAAGAUAAUAAAAGGGUUUUUAUAAAUGAUCCAGACUGGGACACAAUAGCUGUAUAUUUAAUAGGAAAUCAACAAAGAUUUAGAGAGAAUAUUAUUAUACCAAGAAUGAUAGGACCAGUACAAAUUAAGACUAAUGAAGAAAAAAUGGUGGAAAGAGCAAUGGAAAGUUGUGCCUUUAAGAGUAUUAUGAGCUGUGUACUUGGAUAUGGAUUGGGAGCUGCAAUAGGUUUAUUCUCAUCAAGUGUAAAUCCAAAUAUCACAAGUGUAGAAAAACAGCAAACUGCACGCGAAAUAUUUAGGGAAAUGAAAAUGACGACACUCAGUUAUGCUAAAAAUUUUGCUGCUGUGGGUUGUGUAUUUUCAGCCGUUGAAUGUACUAUAGAAUCUUACAGAGGUAAAACCGAUUGGAAAAAUGGUACUUAUGCAGGUGGUGUGACAGGUGGCUUAAUAGGCCUAAGAGCUGGCAUAAAAGCAGGAUUGAUAGGUGCUGCAGGAUUUGCAGCAUUUUCAACAGCAAUAGAUUAUUACAUGCACAGAUCAUAAAUAACAUUUAGUAGAAUUACAAAUCAUGUAUUUCUAUGGAAAAGAUAUAAAAGCCUGCGUAUAUUGAGCAUAUUUAUAAUACAUACAAAAGCAUUAAACAUGUUUAUAUUGUAUAAAUAGAUAUAAAUGCUUAGAAAUAAGUACAAUGGUCAAGGUAUAAAAUAUGUGAGAAAUUGA